AACGAUACGCCUUCAAAUUUCAAUUAAAUUGCAAGCUCAUUCUCGGUAAGAUUACACCUCGCAUUAUAGCUUACAUCGUAUUAUACUGUAUAUGGUAUUCAAAUGUAUAAUCAAGAAGUAAAGAAGCAUUGUCGAACUAGACUGAUCAAGCAUGCUGUUAAAUCUCUUACAACCGACAGAAGUACUUCCGUAUGUGUGAAACGAGAUCAUGUACGUCGAGUCUGGCAACAGCUUCACGAGUCUGAGGAAGCACAAACAUUUUUCGAACCACACUUGCGUAUGAAGAUCGAGGACGAAAUCGAAAAAUGGGAGAUGUUUCACGACAGCCAAGUGCAGACAAGAAAACCGUCAGAUCUACGAGUAUGUUAUCUAUGCGGAGAUAACCCAAUUAAUGAUCUUGAGGUUUUCGUAGAAAAUGGAGUCCUUUGUCAAAACGUAUGGGCUAUCGAAAAAGAUAGCAAAGUUUUAGAAAAAGCAUGGCAGAACGUCGCUAAAUCCAACAUGAGAAACAUUCGACUGUUUAAAGGUGAUCUUCUAACUUGUUUAAAAGAUUUAGAAGGACAGUUUGAUAUCAUCUACUUCGAUGCAUGUGGGACUUUGCCAUCAACAAAACAAAAAACUCUCAAAACAAUUGGUUAUAUCUUCCUUUAUAACAAGCUCGCAUCACCAGGAGCUCUGAUCACUAAUUUCUCAUUCCCGCCAAAACAGAAACAGGUGCCUAAUGAUUCACACAUAUCUGAAAGAAACAGCUUUGAGCAUAUCACCAAAGAGUACCUACAGUAUAGAUUAUGGAACACGAAGCAUCAGGAUUAUGGCAGCUACGAACAGCUUCGCGCAGCAAAAAUCGACUCUCAAUCUAUUGAUGAAAACUAUGGUGACUAUAUUACAUUCCAGGUCAUCGAUUCUGCUUACCUUUAUAUACCUGCUUACAGAAUGUUAUCCUCCGAAAAACAGUCUUUGUGGGAUCAACUUUUCGUCAGCAAGAAAGACUUCUUAAAAGGUGUAAAAGAAGCAGAUUGGAGCCGGGGAUUACAGGGUCAGCCUUUGCAAGAAAAAUAUAACGUGUAUGAAAACCAAUUUAUUCAGAGUACAAGUCUGCACCUCCUCAGUACGACGAUAGAGAAUUGCCAAGAUUGCGAUCCUUGCAAAACAUGGGUUAAAGAAAUUUUCCCUAACUGGAAGUCUUCAGAGUUUAAAAAAGAUGAACUAUUCUGUCUAAUCCUGACUCAUUUAUUAUCGCAUAAUUCAGCAUUUAUUGAAGCUUUUGGAAACGAUGACGUAACAAAACGAUGCCAGAAAGGAUACAAAAACUCUCGGAAAUUUUUAUUUUGUGAUCCUAGCCGCCCACAGGAUUUCUUAAGUUUAAUAGUGGGACUUUUGUAUGGUCAAAUGGCAUAUCCUUCGUUUCCGGUGAUAGAUAAAUCGCUGCGUCUUAAGUAUACUUCCAAGGAUCGCCAAAUGUUUUCUGAUGUAUUUAUUUUCGACAAAUGCCGAUAUCUCUACGAGAAUUUCCCGAGCAUCCACUUCUCUGAAUUUGCCAUGGUGGAACUUUGGCAGCAGAUGGUAUUCCGUAUGGUUGCCGACGGUUUACGGAAGCACAUUGCGUUUGUUUACAACGACUUGUUUUGGUUUUGCAAUGUUGCUAGUGUUAGCGCACCGAUUCCGGGCGGUAUUGAUUUCUACGCAGACAGCCACUCCUAUAUUCCUGACAGAGACGUUUUGAACUUCUCGUAUUUCAAGGAAAACGGAAACAGAUUGGUGAAAGAAGGAAAACUCACGGCAGCUAUUAAACAUUACGAUGCAUGUCAGGAGCUCUGUCCAGAAAACGCGACAAUCUACACCAACAAAGCUUUUUGUGCUUUAAAAAUGAACAGACCUGAAGAAGUCUUAGCCAAUUGCGACAAAGCAUUGGAAUUAGAACCCAGCAACAUUAAAGCGCUGUACAGACAAGCGAUGGCAUGGAAAGGAUUGAAAGAAUUUGACAAAGCAGUGCAGAACUUAGAGAAAGUAUUAAGUAUUGAACAGAACAGUGAUGCUAAAAGAGAACUAGAAAAUAUCAAGCGGCGCAGUGAUAAAGACAAGAAGUAGUACACAUAUUCCACUACUUACAGUCGUGGCAAUGGAAGUGUUCCUAGAAUAUUCUACCAAUUCAUUUGCGGUGGCGAAGUGGUUAGCGCACUUGCCUUAACCUCUAAGGCCGCAGGUUCAAGCCUCAGUGAGAACUUUCUCAAUACGACUCGAACCCAGUCCUCAUGUGAAAAGAGUAAAAGAGUCAACGCUCUGCCGAAAGUCAUGGGUUUUCUCCGGGUACUCCGGUUUCCUGCCACAGGGAAAGUUGACAGGGUGGGUUAGGUAAAAGGGCUCACAGUAAUUAGCAUAUGCUGUUGUGGUGACCCUGCUCUAUAGUUGGCCAAGCUAAAUAAAUUCAUUUGAACAUUUGAUAAAUUUCCCAGAACUUCCUGUCUUUGAUCAUUUCCGAUCAUUCCUGUUCCAUUAUGAUUGGUCAAUUACAUACACCAAAAGCAAAGGUGACAAUCUCGAAACCAGAGCCCGCAAUCCUCCUUAGAGGAUUGCAGGUUCUGGUUUCGAGAUUGCAAAGGUGAUUGGUACAUUCAUACAGAAAGUUGAUCAAUUAUUCGUAAGUUAUCAAGUUUUCAGAAAACUCGUCAAAUGAAUGGGUCAUGUGAGCAAACGGUCAUUGCCUAAUAAUGUAGCCACUCAACUUUUAUGUAUUGCACCUUUCAGUUCCUUUGUCGUGUUUCUUGUAGUUUUCUCUCAAGUAGUUGCAUGUAAUAAUUACUUUGUAUUGAGGAUUAUUGAGCGAUGUCUAAAUAGUUACUGUAUUUACUGAUAUAUAAUGUAAUAAUAUGAGCACUUUGGUAAUACCCAGUUGCUGUCGAG